AUGGGUGGUAACAGCCUCGCCAUUUCGAAAUUGAUGCGCAAAAUGGUUCGCGCCCUUGCCGCUGAAGAAAGAGAUCACGAGGCAGGUCGGGCUGUCAGCCAACAUCGAUGCUCCCGGUGUGGCAAGGCACGAUCGUCAAAAUUCCAUGCUCGACAUCCCAUCGCUCCCGGAAAGCACGUGGAGGCUGGCGUCUGCUCUCGGAGAGGAUGUACAGAGACGAUUUCGUCGUGGAGCAAAGUGAUUGCCAUUCACAUCCACCAUCACUAUUAUUACAACACGAAUGCCAAUGAGAGGCGUUGCAAUGGGGACUUCACAGACACUAUACUAAAACAUGAUAACAGCAUUUUGCUUGGGAGCAUUACUUCUGGUCGACACCUUCGUACUGUCUUGUGCUGUAUGUGGUGUACUGUAUGUGCAGUACAUAUACAGUAG